AGGAUAACUAAGAAAUAAAAUGUUCAUGAACGGCAUUUGAUUUUCAGUUUGACGGAUUGUUUUUGGUGCAGCAUGACUCUCCAAGCCAGUUCUUGUAGCUUCGGUGGCAUCUCCUCCUUCUCAUGUCCACCCAAUACCUCCCGUCUCCGCCGCUCUCCGGCCACCGUAAUUCGAGCCAAAGUGGAACCAUCGGAGAAGUCGGUGGAGAUAAUGAGGAAGUUCUCGGAGCAGUAUGCUCGUAAGUCUGGAACUUAUUUCUGCGUCGAUAAGGGAGUCACCUCUGUUGUCAUUAAGGGAUUGGCAGAACAUAAAGAUUCUUUGGGUGCGCCACUUUGCCCUUGUAGGCAUUACGAUGAUAAAGCAGCUGAGGCAGGGCAGGGCUUUUGGAAUUGUCCAUGUGUCCCCAUGAGAGAAAGGAAGGAGUGCCACUGCAUGCUUUUUCUUACUCCUGAAAAUGAUUUUGCUGGCAAGGAUCAGUCAAACGUGAAUGUGCUGGUAUUUGUUCUGCGCAGAAAAUCUCCUCGGAAGAAAUCAGGGAAACAACAGCAAAUAUGUAAUAUUUAGUGUAUUGUAUCGUAUUGUAUUUUAUUUGAUGAGCUAUUUCCGAAAAAUUACCACAAGUGGGUGUAUAUUAAAUGCUAUAUGCUAAUCAGAAAACAAAUUUGAUUUCUCACUA